AGGUAUGUGAGAAGAACAGGAAGCGUGCAUUUUAGGUUUUUUUUUAAUCAUUUUAACAUUUCAACGCUCCGUCGCGGAGGGGCCUCGGUUCUCGCAUAGCUUUUUGCUUUAUUCCUUUAAAACACACCUCUCGCUCGACUAUUAGACAAGCUGUACCCACUGAGAGACUUCACAGCUCCCAGAAAGUAGGAGCUUGAGCGCGAGGUUUGGGCGUGUUUGAGUCUCAAGUGUUGGAGAGUCAGACUAAACCCCCCUCCUCCUCCUCCCCUUAUUGCAUGUCGUGUGGCUCGUAGUUGUGCAGCAGUCAGCGGUUAUUACUGAGUGUUUCCCGGGAGAACGAGCGAGGAUGGGGUGUACUCUGAGCACCGACGACAAGGCCGCGCAGGAGCGCAGCAAGAUGAUCGACCGGAACCUGCGGGACGACGGGGAGAAGGCGGCCCGGGAGGUGAAGCUGCUGCUGCUGGGAGCUGGCGAGUCAGGGAAGAGUACAAUUGUUAAACAGAUGAAAAUCAUCCAUGAGGCGGGCUACUCAGAGGAGGAGUGUAAGCAGUACAAGGCCGUGGUCUACAGCAACACCAUCCAGUCCAUCAUCGCCAUCAUCAGAGCUAUGGGGCGCCUCAAGAUCGAUUUCUCUGAUGCAGCAAGAGCAGACGAUGCUCGGCAGCUGUUCGUCCUGGCGGGUUCUGCAGAAGAGGGCUUUAUGACCGGAGAACUGGCGGGAGUGAUUCAGCGGCUGUGGAAGGACGGAGGUGUUCAGGCCUGCUUUAGUCGCUCCCGGGAGUACCAGCUGAACGACUCGGCUGCAUAUUACCUUAAUGACCUGGACAGGAUAUCCCACGCUUCUUACGUUCCCACCCAGCAGGAUGUGUUGAGAACCAGAGUCAAAACUACUGGUAUUGUGGAAACACACUUCACUUUCAAGGACCUCCACUUCAAAAUGUUUGAUGUAGGUGGACAGAGGUCAGAGAGGAAGAAGUGGAUCCAUUGUUUUGAGGGAGUCACUGCUAUCAUCUUCUGUGUGGCUCUGAGCGACUACGACCUGGUGCUCGCUGAGGACGAGGAGAUGAAUCGAAUGCAUGAAAGCAUGAAGCUGUUUGACUCCAUCUGUAACAACAAGUGGUUCACAGACACCUCCAUCAUCCUCUUCCUCAACAAGAAAGACCUGUUUGAGGAGAAGAUCAAAAGGAGUCCUCUUACAAUCUGCUACCCUGAAUAUGCAGGUUCUAAUACCUAUGAAGAGGCUGCCGCUUACGUCCAGUGCCAGUUCGAGGACUUGAACAAGAGAAAGGACACCAAGGAGAUCUAUACCCAUUUCACAUGCGCCACCGACACCAAGAACGUGCAGUUUGUGUUUGAUGCCGUCACUGACGUCAUCAUCAAGAACAACCUGAAGGACUGUGGCCUUUUCUAAAGGCAGCCAGGUGGUCGGCUCACCAAGUGACGUUAUUCAAGUGGAGUCUGGUUGGAUGAAUCUUUAGUGGCCCUGCUGAAAAUGUCACUUCUAACUUCUUAUUAACUUAUGUUCAUCUCUAAAAGUUGAAGACGGUGUGUAGAGAAAACAUUUUUGUGUAAAAUAUUUGUACAACAGUUUAUGGCCAGGAAUCUUUUCAAAGUUUUUAAAAUGUGCUUAUUUUACCUUAUUUUUAUUUUUUAUAUAAAAAGGAUGGGGUUUUUCUUCUCUUUUUUUCCUCUCCAUAAAUUAACACUUUAUAGUUGUGCUUUGCAUGCUUUAGUUACAGUGUUUUCUUCUUUUUUGUUUUCUUUUGACUUAUUUUUAUAUAGUUGCCAUCUGAGUCCCUUCAACUCAUAGAUUUUUUUUUAUUUUUUAUUUUUGGCUACCUUAUUGUUGCAUCAUUUUUGCCUCCUUGGAUGGAAAGAAAACAACCAAGACCAAGUCGCUCUGCAGACCAGUUCACUCUGACCCUGACAUACUGUGAGAGCUAUGCGGAAACGUGUCUGAUGUGUGGCUUGUGUGCGUGCCAUGAUUGAGAGCUUUGUUUCAAUUUAGAGCCAAAUGUGUGAGAGUGUGAGUGAAUGUGUGCACAAUAUCAAACAAAGGGACUUUUAUUCCUCUUCUUGUCAUCCUCUUUUAAAGUUUUAUUUUUCUAAGCGACCAAAAAAGAAGCAACUUUUGACGUCAAUGAGUGCACAUUGUUGGUGUGCUGCUGCAAACAUUCCUGAGCGAAACAUUAAGGAAAGAAAAGCUUUGAAAAGAGGAUGCCAACGGUGGCCUUGUAGCAGACAGUAGGACCACACCUGGAUCUCUGAUCAGUGCAUAGACAGAUGGUUGAAUACAAGUGCACUGGUUAUUGAUUAGGAUCUGUGAUUAUUUCAAGUUGCAUAUCACCCCAUAGGACCCCCCCCCAUCCUUCUGUUUCCAUUGGAUGGGGACAUUAGUGGACUAAUCUCCAUGAUUUUGCUAAUAAAAGAGUUAUGGUUAAACCAUGGCAACUUGUGUAACAAAGUUGCUCAUGUUCUUGUUGUGUUGUCUUCUCUUCUAAAACACUCCACUUUUUCAGUGCUAGUUCUUGGCUCGCUAGUUUAUAAAACGGUAAAUGUUUAGUUUUGAAGAAAGCAGCAAUUUAAAGAUUUCUCCUUGAACUCUGAAGUUUUAUUAUGAAUUUGCUGUUUUAGGCCAAAUACGGAGGUUGAAGUGCUUCAGUUAAGGUCAUUGACUUAAACAUGCGUUUUCAAUGAGGACUGUACAUAAUCAAGUUUAAAAUAAAAAAAAACAUCUUGAAAUGACAAGAAGCGCAAGUAUUGUUUUAAGAAGAUGUGGGAGUAUUAACCACAGGGCUUUAUAACUUGACCAGUGUGUGCCCCAUAUAAAUUGUUUUUAACAGCUGAUUAACUCAUGAAUUGAAGCAAAAAUCAAGUCCACCAAACAUGUAUGAUAUGCAUUUUUAGAGAAUAUUCUUCAGUCUGAAAUAAAGCUCUUGUAUUUGUAUUAA